AUGAACCCAGCCCUCCACUCCUCGAGGAGAAAGUCUCGCAAGGCUCAUUAUGAUGCACCAUCCAGUGUUAGACGUACGAUCAUGAGCGCACCCUUGAGCAAGGAGCUCCGAGAGAAAUACAAUGUCCGCUCAAUCCCCAUCCGAAAAGACGACGAAGUCCUUGUUGUACGAGGCUCCAACAAGGGCCGCGAAGGCAAGAUCACCUCCGUCUACCGUCUUAAGUACAUCGUCCACAUUGAGCGUGUCGUCAAGGAGAAGUCAAACGGCCAAUCCGUCCCCAUCGGCGUCCACCCAUCGAAGGUUGUCAUCACCAAGUUGAAGCUCGACAAGGACCGUGAGAACAUACUGGAGCGCAUCAAGGCCGGACGAGAGAUCAAGGAGAAGUUGAAGUCGAAGGCAUAA